CAACACACCACGUACACAAUAUAAAUGAAUUCUUCAAAAUCCCUUUCUUUAGGAAUCCAAACCCAACUCCAUUUUCCCUCAAACACGCACAAUCUUAUAUCACACCAUACUUCCUUUAGCUUCCACAAUAAAAUUCGUGUCAUAAGCAACAACCCACGAAUAAAAAAAUUAAGAACAAGUUCUAAUAUACUAGCCAAGGCCACAUCCGCGGCCACCAACACCUUUUACACGGUAGAAACAGAGGAAACGUUGUACGACUUGUUGGGUAUAUCUGAGAGUUGUACACUCUCAGAUAUCAAACAAGCGUACAGACAAAUGGCUUUAAAGUACCAUCCGGACGUGUCACUGUGUGAUCAAGUUGACAAGUAUACCGAAAGGUUUAUCAAGGUGCAAGAAGCGUAUGAAACGUUAUCUGACCCAGAAUCUCGAGCUAUGUAUGAUGGUAGUAUUUCAACGGGCUUACACUUGGCUUUCUCUGGGUCACGGUUUGAGGUGAGAUCACAAGAGAAGGCACGAUGGAAAGAGUCCUGGCAGGCCCAGCUCGCGGAGCUGAAACGAAGUAAAGUGGAUGAGGUUAAGAAGAUGUCAUGGGCAGCUCGGGUUCGAAAGCAACAUAUCGAAUCCAGUGGGUCAGAUCCAGAGCAAUAUGGGUCGGUUUAGCUAUGUUCGCAUUCUUUUGCUUAUAGAACUAAUUAAUCGAUUACUUUGCGUAGAUAUUAUAACAUUGAUAUAUGUUUUUUAAUCAAACUUAUGCCUAGAUUAUGUCUGCUUCAUGUCUACUGCUGCCUCUAACAAAAUUACAACUCACUUGCUAGUUUUAUUAA